AAUUGGAGCGUUUGCGUCGCCUCGCCUUGUUGUGAUCUUUGUGCGGAUUGAACGGGACCGAGCAGCAGAAUGGGACCAGUGGAGCUCCUGCACAUGUCCGUCUUCUCUCAGAGCUUCUCUCCCUGCGGACGCUUCCUGGCGGCGGGAAACAGCUACGGGGAGAUCGCCCUCUUCAGUCUGUCUGCAGCUCUGAGUCCAGACGCCACAGCACUGAGUCAGAAACCGGUUCUGACCUUCACGGCUCACGAAGGUCCGAUCUUCUCUCUUCUCUCCACCGACUGUUUCCUGUUGAGCGCCGGAAACGGAGAAGUCAGCGCCUGGAGCUGGACUGAACUCAUCAAGAAGAACGUCAAACCUCUGUGGACGAAAAGACCAAACUACAAGUCCAGCCUUGAGAUUCCAGAGAUCAACUCGAUGAUGGUUCAGUCCAGAGACAACAGUCUGGUCAUCGGUGGAGGAGACAACAACGUCCACAUCCUGGACCUGGAACACGGAGUCUUCAAGUCUGUCCUGCAGGGCCACACGGACUACGUCCACUGUGUGAGUGUGAGGGAGCGGGAGGCGGAGAUCCUGUCGGGGAGUGAGGACGGAGCCGUGAGGAUCUGGGACAGCAGGACCGGACAGUCUGUCCACUGCAUCGAGGUCUACAAGUACGAGACCUGUGCCCGGCCUCAGUUCGGGAAGUGGAUCAGCUGCUUGACGACCGACUCUGAUUGGAUGCUGUGUGGCGGAGGUCCGUCUCUGUCCCUGUGGCACCUCCGCUCUCUGUCUCCCACCUCCGUCUUCCCUCUGACGGGCUGCCAGCGACAAGCCGCCUUCCACCAGGACAUGAUCCUGGCGGUGGGGGACGGUGCGUGCGUGUCUCACUGUCGGCUGGGGGGGGAAGUCAAAGCUCAGAUCCCGAGUUCUCUCCAGAGCGUCAACACGCUGCAGCUCAACGCCAACAGCUCCGAGCACCAAGUGCUGACAGUCGCAGGAAGCAGUGACCACAUCGACGUGUUCACCAACCUGUCGUACAAAGCCUUCUCACUCAGCUUCUGAACCCACACACACUCUUUCACUGUGAAGAUAAUAAAAUAUUUUUGUCGUUUUA